AUGUAUUCCUCAAACAUGGAUCAUCCAACCCCGUCGGCCACGAAUAAGAUUCCUCCUCUUCCACCCAUUGCGACUACUGCUACGGUGAAGAUUCUCCCAUGGAAGAUUCUCACAGCUGGACACUUGACCAAAUUGCUACCUUCUUCUCUUUCCAGCUACGUCGAGGAAGGCUCCUCGGAAUAUACAAUGGUCACGACAGCUCUGGCCAUCUUGUUGGUGUUGUGGUUUUUCUUUCAAUUCAAACCCUUUUCGAGGCCACCGCCCGUCCAAAAGAAGAAAUUACCAAGACGGCCCGCCUUGUCCAUCUUGUUCAAGCCCGAUGAUAAUAUUGCCUCUUCUUCCAAUGCGGAGCAAAGUAAUACGGAACACGAUCACUCCAAUACCAACCAUCAUGGACAUUUUCAUCAUCGAACCUCUUCUUUUUUACGGUCUUCCUUUAGUGUGGGCUCGGAAACAAUGCCAGAGAAUCUCUUUGGGGAAGCUACGACUGCAACUGCGGCGGCAACGAGUCUUAAUACUACUACUGCUACGACAACUACUACCACUGCCACUGCCAAUCCAGAAAUCAAGACGCAUCGCACCGUCUUUUCGUCUUCCACCGCGGGCGGCGCCUUUUCGGUCAACGGAGACACUACCACGGCCCAUUCGACGCCCUCCAAAGAGCAUAGAAAAGCAGCUUCCUUUUCGUUCUCUCCAAAAUCCAACAAACGAGGAGGAGACGAAAAGACCAGCACUGCUAGCACUACUACUGGUACCAAUACCAAUACCAAUACCAAUGCCAAUUCGACCAAACACAGUUUUGAUUUGCCCGAUUCCUUUGCACCCUUGCUCUCAUCCUCCCAAACCGAAGUCCUCUUGCAUCAUUUGACGGCCGAUUUGAUCCACGGGAUUCAUGCACAGGCACGGGUGCAAAUGAAACCAGGCAAACACGAAAUACCGCUCGACAAGAAUGCCACACGGCCCCAACUCAUUUUCAACGCACCGCAAGAAGAGGGGUGCUUGUUCAGUGUCACGGCACAAAUUGGCAGCGACUGCUGUUCGGCCGUGGAAGAUUUGGAUGUCAACAUUCCGACCAGCAAUCGAUCAAGGCCCAUGGUCAAACAUGCCGAAAUUGCCAUUUAUCCGGCGGUUCCAUUGUUGAAUGUGGCUCCCACCUUGAUUCAUUUUCCAUCCCUCUUUGAAGAUCAAUCUAUGUUGCCCUACAUGAGACGGAUACCGUUGGUGCGAUUCUUAGUGGAUUGGGUGGUGGCCAUUUCGUCGUCCAUUGAGAAACUAUUGUGGGUACUGGAAGGCUUUAUCCGGAUUCACUUGGGUAAAAUCAAGGUGACUCCACUUUAUAAAGGCAAAUCCAAAGACGAGUCGCCGGAAUGGCGAUUGAGUUUGGCCUUUUCGGGGCACGUGUUGUUGUUUGGAGUCAUACCCAUUCCAUUCAUCAACGUGGUCUUGCCGUCCUUUAUCAUUCCACAACCACAUGCGCUCUUGGAAUAUUUGUUGUCCAAACAACCAUUGGCCUCGGCCAAGUUACGAAGAGAAAAUAUUGCCGAAAAUCAAAUUGCCAUGGCGGUCUUGGAUACCAUUGAUAGUUGGAAUUCCAAAGUGGAGAUUGUGGCGACACCACCAGCCGUGGGAAUCGAUUUGACGUUGCCAGGAGGAGUAUCUCUAGGAAUGGAAUUGAUGCAUGGAAGGGAUCCAUUAGCAGGACGUACUCGAGACAUGGGAUUGGAGUCGCCUCUCGAUUUGGAGGAAGAUGGCGAGAAUGGUGAAAAUUCUGGUCAAAUUUUCCCCGCGAGCUCGGGUGGUGCCUCCAUGUCUUCUUGGACGACCAAUGAUGGGACUCGAACGGAGUUUCGGCCACAGUCCAUCCAUCAGGGAUCCACCAAACUGUUUGAUGCCAAUUCAUUGGUGCCAUGGAAGCUGGAGCUGGCGGCCAAGGGAAAGUUUGGUCAAGACAAAAUGACCUUUCACUUGCUGGACUGCUCCUUUCUACAUGAAGAUAAGGAAGCAAUCUUUCCCACCAAGAGUCAAUUUCAUACUCGCGGAAGUUUUGCAGUGUGGAAGAAGAAUCAUCAUGUCUCGUCCAAGAUGGACGCAAAAGCGGUGCAUCGGGCCGCCUUGGUCAAUUCUACCGAGAGCCCCUCAGUCGCUUCGAUUCUUUUCUUUCCCGAAGAGAUGGAUUUCCUUCAACGGGAUGGACGAAUCGUCCACUAUGACUACGCCUUUGAUGUUUCGGAAGAUUCCAAACUGGAUGCCAUUACAUUUUCAGUGGGAGCCAACCAUCCAAUGUUAAAUGGUGGAAGUAUGGUGACGACUAUUUUGGAAUCUCUGUACGCCCACGGAUCGGUUUCGGCACGGGAAAAGGCGGUUUUGGACCCAUUGGAACGAAAACAGAAACGUAACAUUCUUCGUCACCUUCCAGCGAUUGAUUUCACGUUUGGCAUCGGGAACUCCUUCAUUCCACCAGAAUCACACUCAUACACCAAUGAUGGUCAAACCAAAUCACUUCCAGGUAUGCAGGGAGGACGAAUCAUGGUGCGCAUGUUGGGAGGAAUCAAACAAGACGACGAGCGUUACGAAAACGAUGAUAGUAAUUCGGAUAUUGGCAUGUCCAUUGAUUCACCCAUGAAGAUCACCCAGGAGGCAUUAGUUGCCGAUGGGAUCAAAGUGGUUGCGGAUAUUGGAUUCUCGUCUAUUAUUCUGAACAGCGAAACAAGUGUGAAGGAGUUCCCCGAGUUGGACAUUUUCGACGGAACCAAGCUGAAAGCCUUUACUUCUGGCAAGUUGGGUGGAAACAUCCACUGUCACUUGCGGCCUCAAAUGCUCAGUACGACCGCGACCACCUCUACAGGACCAAACAUUUUCAAUCCUCUGGAAGCGUAUGAAAUUGACUGCUCGGGAUCCAACCUGUCGGUACGCAUCAAGGAAUCCACCACAUCCCUCGGGCACCGACGUGUCAUCAUUCCUACCGAAACAAGCUUCAAAGUGAGAGUUGCGAAAAGUGUGAUUGACAUGGCGUUGGAAGGACAAACAGAGUGUGAAUUGAGUUGGGAUUUCCAAGGGUUGUCACCAAUCCUUCAAGUAACUGAUGUUGGUUUCUUCCCAGAGUCUGUUGUCCAUGAAAAAAAGGAGCAAGUGUCUCUUUUGAUUGCACCACUACGUCAAGGGCGCCUGAACAUGCAAAUUUCUCCUGUUGGAGGUAUUCAUAUUACCAAGGCCGUUACGUCAAGAGAAGACAAGGAAGGACUGUACGAUUGGAAGUUUUUCAAUGCGCUGGUAUCGGUUUCUCCAGAUCAAAGUUCGACGGAAAGGCUGUUGGACGUCAUUCAUGACAAGCGCUCCAUGAACAAGUUGUUGCAAGUGAUCAAACUUGUAAGCAAUGAUGGUUAUCAAUUCUUGAGUUAUUGCUUUACACAAAUUUGGAGGGCCAAAGAUAUUUUGGAUCAAGAAGGUAUUUCAGAUCCUAAACACAUCAUUCCAGGACACAGGAUGGCUCGGUUGUUCUCGCUUUUGCUCUGUGACGAUUUGAGUCAAGUGGACAUUCUCCUUCCACUCAUUCGACAGGUUGUGGCCGGAGACGGCCUCGAUGUUGUCACCCUUAAGGACAUGCUGCGGCUUCAUUUUGACCAUUAUGAUGACUGGGCUCCGGAGAUUGACAGAGCGGUGCGAUGGUUGGAAACCAUGUUUACAGUUUUCACAGUACCACCAAAUUACGUUGAAAACAAUGUGACACCUCUCGCUGAACAGCUGCACUAUUCCUCUCGGUUUCGGGACAUUCCAUCCGCUGCAAAACUAUACGAACAGAUUCAUGAUCGACCCCAUGUCCCACUUGACCCACAGUUCUCGAAGAUGGUGAGCCGAGUAUCUCCAUAUUUGAGUUUCCAUCAGAUCGAGUAUUUCUUGAAGGUCCGUUCGCCAAAAGACUGGCAACCAGCAGAUUUGAAGAGAAUCCGUUACGUUUACUCUAUUAAGCGGAAAGUCAUGGAUAUUGCUGAAAGUUAUGGUGGUCUGUCGUUUUUGCCGCAGAGCUUUCUGGUGUCUGUUUUCCUAGGGGAGGCAACACGAGGCAACUUGAGAGUCGUUGACCCGAAGAGGAUUGGGGCUGAUAGGCCAACAACAAAAUACGGAGUCAGCUUUUCGAACAACCCAUCGACACUUCAUCAACUGCGGAAAAGAAGGGCGAGCUUAAAGGAACCUAGCUUAUCAUCGUCUUGGACAGAAGAGACUUUUAACGCUGCAAUGACACCAGCGGGACGGGUUGCCUCCCAGACAAAUCUUCUGGGUGCCGAAGCACGACGAACUACGAAAUCAGUAGCCAGCGGCGAUACAAGUCCAAGGGAAUCUAGCCACUAUGAACUUGGCGAUUGCUUGCUUGGCCCUGCUGAUGUCGCAAUUCUUCUCCAAGCAGGUCUAACGUCCGUGAUGAAGGGUUCUUCUGUUGUGCAGCUGAAUCAAAGAAUGCUGCUCGAUCUGAUAGCUAGUCAGCCAAACAGCUUUGCAGUAGCGGUACUUGCCGAGAUUGGUUCUCCGGGUGGCCAAGGAUCGCCUCGUCAGCUCGCAUCUGCAUUGAUGGCGUUGCUAGAAUUUGACCAAAACUCAUUUCGUCCGAUCCAUCGACUUGAUAUGCAUGCGCUACUUCAAUCUUGGUUGAAGCUAUCGGUACCUCGUCGUGAGGACUACAUGGCUGGAGGUAGAUGGGCUCGACAGAGUUACUACGACGCUAUUUUUUCCUUUGCCAAAGACGUAAUGGAGGACGCAGAAAGUUACAUGGCGCUGAAGUUCCAUAUUCAACGUGUGCGACAUCACACUGAAGCUGAUCCCAUCCCACAACCAAAGGCGGAGCCAAACCAGUCUACAAAGCUAAGGGAGGCAAUCGAGCUUGCGAGGAAGAGUAUAAAGACUGCAGAUAUCAAAGGAUCCAAGAUUUUGGAUCAGUUGAUUAAAAAUGAACGAAAAACAAAAGCUCGGAAGGCGUACCGGGAAGUCAUAAACAUGUACAACGAGGCAUUUGAAGCAUGUUCCCACGUGCGGGACAUCGACAAGUUGAUUUUCCACACUGACUGGUUUGCCAGCUUCUACCAACGCAACUAUGACGCGUUGAUGAUCAAGUCCUUGUUUGAUAAUGUUACGGAAAAUGUUGACAACGUUCGACACUGGUUAAAUGCUAUCCGAAGAGGGGUGAAGUACGGUGCUCCGAAACGAAAUGAUGUCGAAUUGGUUUAUCAAAACACGGCUUCAAAGAAUCCUCUAAAGUCUUUGGAGUGUUUCGCGCCUUAUCUAGCCAAGCCAACGGAGACCCCAGUCGAGAAAAAUGUGGAGUAUCCAUUCGAGUUUUGGUCAGACGACGAUAUCUUUUUGAAGCCAGAAAAGUACGGAGAGCAAGCUAUCGUCGAUGCAAUCAUCGAUGCAAUCAUAUACGAUCCCAAGGACCGAGAGCGGUUGAGAUCCGACCCACUUGUUCGUCUUCUCAUUCCAAAUCCAGAGGGCAAGUACAAUUUCUCCAUCGUAUCAGCAAUGGGAGUCAUCACAGAUGGUCGAGAAGGCACAGAGCUACAAGGGACUUUUGAACGAAUCGAAAAACUGCGAGGUGUCAAGACAGUUAGGGCUGACACUGCAACAGCUCGGUCCUUUGAAUACAAUGCUCAAAGAAUCAUAGAAGCGAUCGAAUCAGCAAAGGAACACAAGGUUCCAUAUGGCUUGCUCGGAUAUUCGCAAGGCUGUGCCAAUUCACUCAUGGCUGAAACACUGCUAUACACCGGAACGCCUUUUCAACAGGAACAAGUGAAGGACUCAAACGGGUUGGUUUGUCGGCAGCUCUUAUUCUCUGCAUCAAAUGGUUCAGUUCAUGGACCAGCAUCAGACAAAAAGGUUCAUCGUUUGAUUGUAAUGGUCGAAGAAUUCUUCAAGUACCAGCAAGGGUACUUCAGUCGCUCGCUUCAGUCUGCCUUUCUGGAAACAAUCACCAGUGCUCUGGAUUCUGCUCAGUUUCACAAAAUGAUGGGCGGUGCUCAGUCAUUCCUGUAUGAUGGAUGUCGUGCUUUCUGGAGAGAAUCACAGCACCUAGCUCAUGUUCCGACCUGCACUUUGCGAGGUGUUCUCGAGUCGCACACCACACCAGAGGCCCUUGAGAUGCUGUCUAGUAUGCUAACAAAGCAAUCAGGGUCUCCCUUACACGAUUCUCAGGUUCAUGCCCAUGACGCUGUGGGUCAUCCAGUAUAUCAUCUGAAUCGAAACGGAAAGGUGUUGGAAAAAUGCGAUAUUGGACCGGCAAGCAUUCAGCGAACCCAUCACUGGAGUCCAUUAGAUGAAGAGGUAGCAUUCAUUAAGACGCCCAGAGACGAUACAAUUGGAUCAUUCGACUGCGCAAAAGAUCGGCAUGUGUUCCCUUGGGUGGAUGUGAAUGCUCGAUUUGGAUUCAUCAAGUAUUCUGACGAAAAGACUACUUCGGCAAAGAAUCAUAAUUUAGAUUCUGUUGAGGGCUAA